AUGCCCGACUGGCGCACCGAAUAUCUAGCCUCCUUCAGGGAGCAAGAGAAGAACAACCCAGUCAACCUCGAGAUCGUUCAGCUCUGCUCCCAACUCUCCGACCGCAUCGCAGCCCUCGAAGCCGAAAAGGAGCUCCUGAAAUCCAAAAUCGCCCCGAACACCACUGCGUCCACAGGCAAGGAAGCGCCGCAGCAAAUAGACACAAUCAGCUCCGACCCGACCGUCACGCAGCUCCAGCUCAACCUCGCCGAGGCGCUGCGCUCCAACGGCACGCUGCAGAGCCGCGCAAAGACGGCCGAGGACGAGGCGCAGACGCUGCGCCGGAAGAACAGGGAGAACACGAAGCAGAUCAAGCAGCUGAGCGCUGAGAAGACGGCGCUGGCGACGAAGCUGCAGGACCGCGAGCACGAGUUACGCGAGAAGAGGAAGCUGGUCGAGAAUGUGCAAGACGAAAUGAUCACGCUGAACCUCCAGGUGGCGAUGGCGGAGAAGGAGAGGGACAAGGUGAAAUCGGAAAACAAGGAGCUGGUCGACCGGUGGAUGAAGAGAAUGGCCCAAGAGGCUGACGCCAUGAACCUCGCAAACGAGCGCUGA